AUGAGACGACAUUUGAUACCGUUACUCAUUAUUUUAAGCGGAUUUGUCGCACAUUUAGAAGCUGAAGAGAGUUUUUUGCGGCGAGCGAAACGACAAUGUCCGUGCGCCAAACUGCAAACUUCCAAAUGCAAUUGUUUUUCGACAGGACUCGGAGCUCAACGUUGCUCAUGCGCCAAUGAGCCGCUACCCGCUAGCUGCUCGUGCGCAGCGCAAGCCCACACUACGGUAUGCCAGCCGGCGUGUUUGCGGACAUGCGUCGAUUCGUGUGUGCGGACUUCGCGGCAGCCGGCGCCACUUUGCGAGCAGACUUGCCAAUUCACUUGUACACAAGCAUGCCUUCCGCAGACAAUUUCGAGUCCGAUUAAGGUGGUGGUCGCGCAGCAAACGAGCUCGUCGCGUUGCCCAACGGUUUGCGAGCAAUCGUGCGAUGUCAGUUGUGCCGGCCAGGUGAAUCGCUAUUACUGCAUGGAUAUGUGUCGGAAAAGCUGCGAGCCAACUUGCGUUCAGAACGCGGUUACUGUAAACGUCGAGCAGGUUACGACAACUCAAGAACCGACCUGCAUUGCGGCGUGUCGUCCAGCAUGUGACGCCGAAUGCAUUGAGGACAUGCGGCGGUACGAAGUCAUCGUGCAGAAGGACUGCCCGUCGUCGUGCAUGCCGUCGUGCUCGGCGAACUGUAUGCACCAGACAACUGUGGCGACGUGCAUUCCCGCCUGUCGCCCAUCAUGUCUUCCCGAGUGUAUCUACGGCUACCUGCCAGCGCAUCCGCCACCGCCAAGUCGCCUCUGCGUGCCGUCUUGCAUGCCGGCUUGCGAGCAAGUCUGCAUUCAGGCGGUUACAACAGUGACCACAUCGGCUCCGCGAUGCGCGAUCCCGGCUUGCUUGCCGGCCUGCACACCGGACUGUCUCUAUUCCUACGGUACCACUUUGGCGACGUCCCAUUGUGUUGCGGCUUGUCAGCCAGCAUGCGACACAAAAUGCAUUGUCAACCAGAUAAUUAUGAGAAGAUCUGACUACUACAGCACUCCUGGUCCAUGUAUUCCGGCAUGUCGACCAAUGUGCACAAGGCAUUGUGUUGCUUCGCAUUUGCCAUAUAGGGUUCCAUUCCAUCCCAUUGAUAUGAUGCACCACAGUUGUGUUCCGGCUUGCCAACCGCUUUGUCAGCCGCGUUGCAUACACGCUUACAAGUAUCAAGUGCAACAGGUCCACCGGCAUCGCUAUGGAUGUGUUCCGGCGUGUCAGCCCGCGUGUGAGCACCGAUGCAUUCAACGAUAUAGUAUUCAACAUGGAUUUAUGCAGCACAGCAACUGCAUUGCUGCUUGCCUUCCUGGCUGCGAGCCGGGAUGCCUUCAACGCUAUGAAUCUCUUGCGACGAUGUCCGUGAUGGGUGAUUGUGUUCCACAAUGCCAGCCGCUAUGUUCGUCGGAGUGCAUUCAAAGAACGAUUAUGACGACAUCGAGACCCUACUGUGUCCCACAAUGUCAACCAUUAUGCAGUACAGAGUGCAUAAGAUACGCGUCAAGGAUUACCACUGCUCCAGGAUACUGUGUUCCAGAAUGCCAGCCAACAUGCCUCCAGCAUUGUAUUGAUGCUCAAAUGAUAACACUUCCGAUGAGACAAUUCCAAUGCGCACCAGCUUGCCAGCCACUCUGCGAGCAUCGAUGCACACGCAACUAUCAGUUUGAUUUGUUUGUUCCUCAUAUGGACGAUUCUGGUGACUGCCUUCCAACAUGUCUGGACGGCUGCAAGACUACCUGUGAGACAUCUGAACAAUGCUUUGCGGUAUGUCAGGAAACUUGCAACACGAAUUGCGCGUCGUCAAUCUCUUCAUCAAAGAAGGAUGUGAAGUUGGAAAUUGUGCUCAGCGAUCCUUUGGAAGAGAAGGUCACCUGUGGACCGGUUUGCACUUCCCAGUGCACCGAACAAUGUCAAGCCAAGCUCUCCUCGAGUAUUUCGGUCUGUACAUCGGCGUGCCAGAACGCGUGCCGGGAAAAUUGUCCAAUCGAAGUGGAAGCUUGUACCGGAAGCGGCGCGGAAUGUUUAUGUCCCAGCGGAUUUUCGAUGUGCGGCGAAAACCAGUGCUGCCGGAAAAGGAAAAGGAAGCUCACGUAA